AGAAUAUAUAAUUAAUACUAUUAUAUGGUAUUAUUAUUAGUGUUAUAUUGUACUACAUUAUAAUAUUAUUAUCAAUAUUAUAUGUAUAUACAAUAUAUUAUAUUAUAAAACUGAGGGCGGGGGCCAGGUAAAUGACCUCGGAGGGCCGCAUCUGGCCCCCGGGCCUUAGUUUGGGGACUCCUGAUCUAGACAUUGCUCUAUAUAGAGAGAAUUACAUCUUUAUAGGACUUGCAGAGACUUCCAAACAUAUGAGGGGGAAAUUCAUAUAUUAAAUUAAUGUAUUUGUAGGGGGAAAUCUAUAUAUUAUUUACAAGCUUGGGGCAUGCAUUUGCCCAAGGAAGAAAUGCAAGCAAAGCCCUCCUAAAAACAAUUUUGGCCUCUUUUCUCCUCCCCUUUCCCACCUCUUUUAUUUAUCCCUUUUCAAACUCUAAAAGUAGCCAGAAAGGGCUUUUUAAAACUUCCCUUCCUAUCCCAAAAAACCCACCCCAUUUUUGUUUCCUUAGGAAUAAAAAGAAAUACACACCUUCUGUUGCUCUUCUUUCCCUCCUUCCCUCCCUAUUGAUUCAAACAUUCUUGCAAUAAUAUAAUAAUAAUAAUAAUAAUAAUAAUAAUAAUUUAUUUAUUUACAGCAUUUAUAUUCUGCCCUUCUCACCCCGAAGAGGACUCAGGGCGGGUCACAUUACACAUAUGGGCAAACAUUCAAUGCCUUUUAACAUAGAACAAAGACAAGACAAACAUAGGCUCCGAGCGGGCCUCGAACUCAUGACCUCCUGGUCAGAGUGAUUCAUUGCAGCUGGUUACAGCUGGCUUGCUCUCCAGCCUGCGCCACAGCCCGAGCCUAAUAAUAAUAAUAAUAAUAAUAAUAAUAAUAAUAAUAAUAAUAAUAAUAAAUCCUGCAAGUUUGCAAGAGUCUCUCUUUUUCUUGCCUUUCCACCAUGCAAUCUUUUUUCUUCAUCCUGGCUUGCAAGAAGUUCUGUCACUCACUCUCCUUUCGCUUUUGAAAACAUUCCCUUGUCUCUCUCUCUCUUAAAAAAUAAGAUAACUCCAGCCUGGGAGGAGAAGCGGAGAAGGGAGGUUUUGGAAAAGAAAACACUGUAGUCUCCAGGCUCUGCUGCCUGGCUUGACCUUGAUCCGAUUAUAAGCCAGGGAGGCUUUUUCAGCCCCUAAAAAGAGAUUUAAAAAACUUGGCUUAUCUUCAAGUAUAUACCGUAUAUCCAGUAGACACCAACUAAAUAAAACAGCUUCCAUUUUCUCAGUUUUUGAAGAGGGUUCUUCUUCCUGCAGUGUUCCUAGGUAAUCUAAUAAUCCCAAUACACAGGAAAGCAAUUGCCUUGACUAAAUUUAAUGUGCUCCCUUGCAGUGCUGGAGGGAAGAUAUAACAAUGUACCAUAUUGUGAACAUCUAUAUCCCUGUGAGGCCCAGGCGGUAGAAACUGCCAUUGAAGGUACAAUAGGUGGCAAUGCAUAUAUGCACAGCAAAGUGAACCAAUGGACUACAAGUGUCGUAGAGCAAAUUCUAAGCCAGCUAACAAAGCUCGGGAAACCAUUCAAAUACGUUGUAACAUGUGUGAUUAUGCAAAAGAAUGGUGCUGGACUUCAUACAGCAAGCUCUUGCUUCUGGGAUAACUCUGCUGAUGGAACCUGCACUGUGAGAUGGGAAAACAAGACUAUGUACUGUAUCGUCAGUGCCUUUGGACUUGCAAUAUGAUUGCCUUGGAAUUCAUCAGCAGUUUUGUCAUCACCUCCAUUUCAUAAAUCCCCUAAAACUGUGAACAAAUCUUGUUUUUUAAAGCAUUUUUUUCUUCCAGUGAGCAAAUGAGAGAGCAAUUUUUGUGCUGUUACAUAAACAUACCAUCGUUUAUCCAUAUCUAAACCACUCCCUGUCUUAACACUUUAAAGGACUCGUUCUCAAGGUGCUAAAACCUGAAACUUGCUGCACUUCUUCAGCUUUACUCCAACUGAUUUGAGUAAGACUAAUUUUCACAAUGUAGCUUUGUUUAUUAAAUUAUUGAAGUUC